CUGACAGAUGAAACGUAGUAUCCCGGAAUUUGAUUGGCGGAUGGCGGCGCUCCUCAGCCAAUCACUGCACAUUUCUUUACACUGUCACACACGAUACUGACACAGGAGUGACUGUGUGCUCAAGGUUUUCUCUACUCUUUGAGGAGGAAACUGUGGCACCAUGGGUGUGUUAUCUACUCUGAUGAGGGGUCUGGUGAGAGGAGCGGACAGGAUGUCUGAGUUCACCAGCAAGCGAGGAUCAAGGACUCAUAAUAAAGGCAGGGGCGCAAGGCCCACUGGACUGAAUCUCUCUAGCAGAAAGUUUCUGGCCAUAAGAGCCAUGAUUCCUGAGUUUGUGGUGCCCAACCUGGAGGGAUUCAAGCUAAAGCCCUACGUCUCGUAUCGCUCACCCAGAGGAAUUGAGCCUCCCCUCACAGCACAGAGUGUGUUUGCUGAGGUGGUGGCCCCUCAGAUCCAGAAAGACUUUGAAGACGGCACCUUCAGCAAAGAGCAGCUAGAGAAAUAUGGAUUUGAGCCCACACAAGAAGGGAAGCUCUUCAAGCUCUAUCCCAAGAACUAUGUGCAUUAAAGAUACUUGUUGUAAUGUAUUCACAAGUGAAGGCACAGGUUUCUGAUCAACUGGACAUAAAGCUGCAGAUCCACACGUGACACUUUGAGGAGACACAUCACAACUAAGGCUGACCUUUUGGUUCAGAAAACCAGUUUCCUUCAUGUCGUUGAUUUUUCUGUUACUUAAGUGACCAAACAGAAUAAACUUGAGAUCAAUGUGA